AUGGGCUUCUUCUCCCUAUCCGCAUUCGCCAAUGUGCCUCCACCGCCAGUAAAUGAGCAGGUCGAGCUAACAAAAAUCCACGAUGCCGACCCAUACGAGCAGAAAGUGAACCUCACUACCGAAGAAUACAAAGACAGGAAUGGAGACCUGUGGGUGCUUCCGGUAGUACGACAAACUGAACUAGAGUUGAUCAUGGACACUUCUCUUACACAUGGAAAAUCAACAAUGUGGGGUAAUGGCGAGUUUAUAAAAGCUGCCCAGGAUAUGCUCUUUGGAACGCCCUCAGCAGAACUGAGAAGCAAGGUCGCUUCUAUUCAAACAGUUUCCGGGACCGGAGCUUGUCACAUCGGCGCAAAGCUUCUAUGCGACAGUUUGAAACCCAACACGAUCUGGACCCUCCCCGAUCGAUCGGGCGUUGACUUCGAUGGAAUGAUAAAUGCUCUGAAGACACGAGCUCGCAGAAAUGAUGUAAUAUGUUUACAUUCGUGUGCGCAUAGCUCAAGCGGACUGGAUCUCACGCUGGAGCAGUGGGUCGAAUUGGGUAAAGUUUGUCAGAAGAUCGGCAUUUUCCCAUUCUUCGAUUCCGCUUAUCAAGGCUUUGCGUCCGGAGAUCCUGAUGCAGAUGUUUGGGCUAUUCGGUGCUUUGUGGAACUCGGGCUGGAGGUCUGUGUUGCGCAGUCAUUUUCCAGGAGCUUUGGGCUAUCUGGCGAGCGGGUGGGAUGCUUACAUGUUGUUCUCAAUUCUUCGGCGCAACGACAGUCAGUCUUUGGCAGGCUAUAUCAUUACCAGCGUGGCCUUACCUCGACGCCACCGACAUAUGGAGCGAAUAUUGUGUCCACGAUCUUGACAUCGGAGAGUCUUUACAGAGCUUGGCGGAUCGAUCUCAAGAGCAUGACUGAUCGCAUCCAGAAGCUGAGAUUGGGGUUAUACAACGAGCUGAUUAAACGGAGGGUGCCUGGAAGUUGGGAGUAUCUUCUCAUCCAGAGAGGUAUGUUUGCACACACAAAGCUGUCAAAGCAGCAGGUCGAGCUGCUGCGCACCGAAUAUCACAUCUACAUAAUGAGCACAGGUCGAAUAUCGCUUCCUGCAUUGAACGCUCAAAACAUCGAAUGGGUGGCUGGUGCUAUAAACGAAGUGGUCACAAGAUUUUCACUGGAGGAGAAAGCGAAUCUGUGA